CGUCAUGCGAGCGAUGAAUAUUUAGCGAUUGUGAUUUGGUUAUUUUAGUGGAGUUUAUAGUGGACUAUCAUUGAUGUGUUUUGUGAAAUAACAGAAAUGGAGACUGAACGGAUGAUAGAAGACACCAUACCGCCGCAGGUGACGUCACUGACAUGCCUCGACACGGGCGUGCGGCCGGCGCCGAGCAGCGCCGCUUACGCUGCGGAACGGGACGCCUGCCUCAACUACUUCGCGCGGUGGAACGAGACAGACCAGGUUGAAUUCGUCGAGCAGCUGCUCGCUCGUAUGUGUCACUACCAACACGGCCACAUCAACGCGUACCUCAAGCCGAUGCUGCAGAGGGACUUCAUCAGUAUGCUUCCGAAAAAAGGUCUAGAUCACGUAGCGGAGAACAUACUGUCAUACCUCGACGCUCGCUCGCUUUGCGCGGCGGAGCUGGUGUGCCGCGAGUGGCAGCGCGUCAUAUCUGAGGGCAUGCUGUGGAAGAAGCUGGUCGAGCGGAAGGUGCGCACCGACUCGCUGUGGCGCGGGCUGGCCGAGCGGCGCGGCUGGAUACAAUACCUGUUCAAGCCGAAGCCGGGCUGCCAGCAUCCGUCCCACUCUUUCUACAGGCAACUCUACCCCAAAAUCAUACAGGACAUACGAUCCAUCGAGGACAAUUGGCGGAUGGGAAGACACAACUUGCAGAGGAUAAAUUGCAGAUCUGAAAACUCCAAAGGCGUGUAUUGCCUACAAUACGACGACAACAAAAUUGUCUCUGGUCUCAGAGACAACACCAUCAAAAUAUGGGACAGGAAAACUUUACAGUGUGUCAAGGAGCUCCAAGGGCACACGGGCUCCGUACUCUGCUUACAAUACGACGAGCGCGCCAUCAUAUCAGGCUCUUCAGACUCCACAGUCCGCGUGUGGGACGUAACAACAGGCGCCAUGCUGAACACGCUCAUACACCACUGCGAGGCGGUUCUUCAUCUACGCUUCUGCAGCGGGAUGAUGGUCACCUGCAGCAAGGACCGAUCGAUAGCAGUGUGGGACAUGAGCUCGACGACGGAGAUCAACUUGCGCCGCGUGCUGGUCGGCCACCGCGCCGCCGUCAACGUGGUCGACUUCGACGAGAAGUACAUCGUCAGCGCCAGCGGGGACCGCACCAUCAAGGUGUGGAAUACAUCAUCGUGCGAAUUCGUGCGAACGCUAAACGGACACAAGCGCGGCAUCGCGUGUCUUCAAUACAGAGACCGGCUCGUCGUGUCCGGAUCCUCGGACAACACGAUCCGGCUCUGGGACAUUGAGUGCGGACAGUGCAUUAGAGUGCUUGAAGGACACGAGGAAUUGGUGCGGUGUAUACGAUUCGACAACAAGAGGAUAGUGAGCGGCGCGUACGACGGCAAAAUCAAAGUGUGGAAUCUACCCGCGGCGCUCGACGUCAGAACGCCGCACCAGGAUCUCUGCCUACAGACGCUAGUGGAGCAUACAGGACGAGUGUUCCGGCUCCAGUUCGACGAGUUCCAGAUCGUUUCGUCAUCGCACGACGACACCAUCCUCGUGUGGGAUUUCCUGAACUACGGCGGCGCCUCGCCCGCCGCGCCGCCCGCGCCGCCGCCGCGCCCGCGGACCCCGGACCAUGACCGGGACCUGUUCGACUAGGUCACCGAAACAGAUAAGACUACAAACAACCACGUCAGUGGUCGAUGCCACAUAGAAGUGAAGUGAAACGAAACCAUAGUGAUGUGUACAGUGAGACAGUUACCAAACGGUGUAUGGAUUGACUAUUUAGGACUUAAAUUAAAUUGGUACGAUGACAAGUGAGUGGAUCACAGACGGAGACGGUGAAGUGAGGUAAUUCGGUCACAGUUAACUGAUCUCUUCAUAAGACUUGUAAAGGGACUUCUGUCUCAAACUUAUAACGAUCUUGUCAAACCGGAAUCUUAAAUCAUACUAAAGCCCGGUCUGUGAGCACGUAGAAUUUCGUCCAAUGACCCCAAGCUACCCAUCCUUAUCGCUCGCGCGUAAUUAUAUAGCUGUCGCGACUGUGCGACGGGCGCCCGCAGUGAGUGUGCGAGCCCGAUAGCAACUUAAUUACUCGCGAGCGAUAAGGAUGGGUAGCUUGGGGUCAUUGGACAAAAUUCUACGUGCUCACAGACCAGACUAUACCCGUUCGCGCUAAGUUUGCCGGUCUUUGGAAUGCGCGUCCCAUCCCCCAACCGCGAUUAAAGGCAAUUAGUUAGUGAUGAAACGCAAUUAAUGUGUCUUAUUUUACGCAAAUACAUAAUUCUUAUCAAUAUUAAUAAAUAAAAAAUAUUUUAAAUAUAGUUUGUUAAAGUCAUAGACGUUUCCCUUCGAGUGACGUCAUAUCGCCAGCGGCAAACUUAAAGCGAACGGAUAGUAUUUAGUAUAGAUCGUUUCAUCCACUCGGAUGCGCCCCACCAAUGUUUGGUCUCGGUCGCGCGGGGUGCGGGGAGUUUAAUCCGAGCAAUCCGUAAGGCAUUAUUGUAGUGUGCGUGUGCACUCAUGGAUUUUAGCGUGUACUGAUAACGCUCAAACAUUAGCGGAAGAAUGGUGGGGCGCGUCUUCGUGGAUGAAACUAUCUAUAACAGCCAAGACUACUUGUGAGAAGAAAGAAAUAAUUUGACAUUUGCCUCUGGUAAAUUAGGGAGGGUCUUGCUCCUGCAGUGGAGUAGACAUUUUUGUAUGUCAUUGCAAAAUUGUGAACUCCGUCAGUUUAUAAUAUGACGCGUGAGAUUGCAAACUAACAGUGGGCUAGGUUAGUUUGUAAUCUAACUACGUCAAAUUAUAAUCUGACGGAUUUCACAGUUUUACAGUGAUACACAUAAAUUGCUUAAAAUUGUAAUAAAAACAAAGUUGUGAAAGAAACCAGGAAUAAAGUACAGUUGACAGCAUAUCAGAGGGCUUAGUGUGAGUCACUAGUGAGCGCGUAAAAAAAUGAUAUUAAAUGUAUGACGGAUUGUACAGCGCCCCAAGCGGAAAUUUUCAAGAACUAAAAUUUUCACAUUUUUUAACGCGCUCACUAUGUGAGGUCGUUUGAUGUAAACACACUAAGGCCUCAGACUACGUUUUUUCAAAAAUAGACCCUAAUACGGCUGUAUAAGAUGCCAUUGCGUUUACCUCGAUGUGUACAGUCAGCGUCAAAUAAUUCGUGACAGCCAAAGUAGCCAAAAAGUUCGCAACGGCUUUGUUACAAUAGGCUAGUUUCCUAAAAAAAAUUUUUUAGUCCGUCAUGUUUAAUAUCAAAAAAUAUUGGACACAUAUAUUUUUAUUUGUCAAUCUAACAAAUAUUUACAUAGUUAUGGUGCGUUGAAGUUCCACACGACGUCACAACGUGCGGCACUUUUAUGCACGCAUUGACGUCACGGGCCUCUUCUUAUGAACUUUGGCGCGCUUUAUCUCUUUAAAUUUUCAUUAGUUUGAAAAAGUGAAAAAUACGUGUAGAGUAUUUUUUGAUAAGUUAACUGACGGACUAAUUAUAACUCUUGCUUUUUGACCCAGGAAACAUCCCUAUUGGAAUAAGGUUGUGUUGUCAACAUUUUGGCCACUUUGGGUGUCACGAAGUAUUUGACGCUGACUAUACAAUGAAGUAUGUAUGUAUACUUAUUGUUGAAACCUUAUGGCUGUGGUAAUUACUGCCCACUAUAAUUUGAACUCUGAAGCCUUGACUUAAGGUCGUAAUAGACUUACAUGUAACGUAUUGUAUUGUUUUAAAAAAAAAGAGCUUUAUUUUCAGUAUGUGUAUCUCUUUCGUACAGUCGACAGAGCAUAUCAAGAGGCUACGCAAAAGUAGUUUAAAGUCUUUAAAUGUUAAUAGACUUUAAAUUCCACAAAUCUGUCGACAUCCGACGAUGUGUGCUUUGUAAAACUUGUGGCCCAUAUCCUUGUUUUUUCAUAAAGGAAAGAAAGAGAUAUGCAGACUUUUUUUGAAAUUCUGCUUCAAAAUGACAAUGUACUCUCAAUUGAUUUUAA